GUGGAAAAGUGUGUUUUUUUUUGGUGUAAAAUGGUGCUCAAUUUUAGUUAGUGACAAAGCGAAAAACGUGCUUCUUUCUUGACUUCCAACUGUGUUUGUGCGUGCGAAAAAAAUAUGAAACACAUUUAUAUUUAUACUGAAGAAGAGGACGAGGAGGGCAUUAUAAUUACUGUGAUGCCGCAUUAUGUGCCUCACCAAACGGUGAAACAGAUAGAUAGUUUCCAAGUUAAGGACGGCAUUUCCUCCUCUUAUUCGGACAUUAAAAUUUACAAAUUGUAUUUAGAUGCGGCCGCCAGCGCACCACAGGCAAUGGCCCAGCAUGACCAAAUUUCGUGGGAGAAUUCAUCGACUUGCACAUUGCAGCCGCAUGAAGAAAUUUCGACUUGCACCUCCGCACCACCAUUAAUCAUGGUAGCUUAUGUCCCGGAGAAGGACGUCCCCAGGGUAAUAAGCGCUAAUAAUAUAACACUCAAGCCCUCCGAACCAGUUGCCUUUCCCCAACUUAUAAGCCAUGACACGUUCGAGCAGAAUCGCAGUGAGUUCGAACCAGCUGCCAACUAAAGCUGUGUUGGUAUAAGUUGUGGCAGGUUCGAGCUGAAUCGCAGUGGAACAUAUGUGUAUGUUCGAGCGGAAAUAUUGGAGCCAAACGCAAGUCCUGUUCAUACUGCAACACGAACUAG